CUGAUACCGGAGACGAGCAGCCAGACAAGCCUGGAAACGAGGCGUUCCUGGCCGCCCUGCUUGUCUGUGUGUCUGCCCAGAACAGCUCCGCGCUGCCGCCACGGAACAAAACACCGGGGGACCUCAGAGCGAGAGAGAGAGAGUCCUCCUGUGGACGCGUAAGGUUCCAUCACGGGAGUUCUUAUUUAUCUUAGGUUAUCGUAAACCUAAAAAAGCGGACUGUUUUUUUUCCUCCCCCCCUCCUCUUGGUCGCCAAACGAGACGGGACGCGCCGGAGAACUAAACUGGCUAGCUCUUCGGCUAACGUCGCUUAGCUUGAAAACUAGCCAUUUAAUUGAGCCGAGGGCUCGUGUUUAUAAUACCACAUUCCUGCCUGGAAUAUCUGGAAAAAGUGGACGCAUAGAUGUGAAAGCGGUGUUUAUCUAAACGGAGAAUUUCCCAUCUGGUAAUUUUUGCGAUAUUUCUCCUCUUUUUCCAAGUUAUUUUAUUUUAUUUUUUUUAUUUAUUUAUUUUUUUACUGCGCAUUGUUUUUCCCAAGUUUUCCAGCUCCAGACAGUCGCCCCGCGGCAGCUAGCAUGGUAGCUAGCAGAUAUGGACGCUGCUGGCUGGCCGCUUGCAGACGGCACAUCCGCCAAACAAGUUAGCUGCUCGGUUUAUCUGCAGGAGUAACUUUGCUUCCAUUCACAGUCAUUAAAUCGCGACAAGCGACCUCGCCACAACAGCGCCUCUCUUUGUUUUUCUUCCUCCCUUUCUCCACAUCCAUCCUCAAUGUGUCGGUUCGUGCUUCAGACAGCAGUUCAAGUUAUUGAACUGACUUGAGGAAAACUGAUCUGUUAUAAAACGAACAGGGGGAAACAGACUAAUAGAAGCCGAACAAGACUUGGAGGAGCUCCAAACAACGUGAUCAAAGCCGAUGAAUGUUGCCAUGGUUGUGGGCCGAGUCACGAUGAAAUCACUCAGUAAAUUUGGGUUUUGCCUGAUGAUCCUUCUGACUUCUGUGGCUGCCGCGGAGGGCGAAGAGAGGAAGUGUGCCUUUGCUGACCAGCAGCAGCAGUGGGAGGUGGAACGAGUCGCAGGGGGUGAAGGCAAGGUCUCUCCAGAGAACACCACCAUCCAGUGUGCCAAGGGAAGCCACUGUUUCGGCUUGUGGGAGAAAAGCCCACCGGGCGAAGUGCGACUGGUCAAGCAAGGUUGCUGGACUCACCUGGGUGACAACCAGGGAUGCCGUGACGACCGCUGUGUGGUAACCAACCUCCCCCCACAGAUGCAAAAUGGAACAUACCACUUCUGCUGCUGUGGUAGUGACAUGUGCAAUGUCAACUUCACAGAGGAGUUCCCAACACCCAGUCCCACCACUGCUCAGCCCAUUUACCCUCGCACAGUGCGCUACGAAGAAACAGUAAUUAUCGCCGUGGCAACAGUGUCAGUACUGGCCGUACUUGCUGUAGCGGCCUUCUUUGGUUACCGCAUGAUAAACGGUGAUGGUACACAAGGUCUUCACAACCUGAACAUGAUGGAGGCCGCUGGCUCUGAAAGUUCUCUGGACCUGGACAACCUCAAACUGCUGGAGCUGAUUGGGCGUGGCCGAUACGGUGCUGUGUUCUGUGGUUCACUGGAUGAGCGGCCAGUGGCCGUGAAAGUCUUCACUACGGCCAAUCGCCAGAACUUCCUCAACGAGUGCUCCAUCUACCGGCUGCCGCUACUUGAACAUGACAACAUCGCCCGAUUUGUAGCUGCAGACGAGCGAAUCGGCACAGAGGGGCGCACAGAGUACCUGCUGGUGAUGGACUAUUACCCACAUGGCUGUCUGAGUCGCUACCUGAGUGUUCAGACCAACGACUGGAUCAGCAGUUGCCGGCUCGCUCAUUCUGUCACUCGUGGCCUGGCGUAUCUGCACACUGAGCUCUACAAAGGAGACUUGUACAAGCCGGCAGUUUCCCACAGGGACCUGAACAGCCGGAAUAUUCUCGUCAAGGCUGACGGCACGUGUGUCAUCAUCGAUUUUGGCCUGUCUAUGAAGCUGACGGGAAACAGGCCAGCGCGUCACGGAGAGGAGGAAAAUGCUGCCAUAAGUGAGGUGGGUACAAUCCGCUAUAUGGCCCCAGAAGUGCUGGAGGGCGCAGUGAACCUGAGGGACUGUGAGUCAGCCCUGAAGCAGGUGGAUAUGUAUGCCCUGGGACUGGUCUACUGGGAGAUCUUCAUGCGAUGUACUGAUCUUUUCCCAGGAGAGUCUGUGCCAGAGUACCAGAUGGCGUUUCAGGCGGAAGCAGGAAACCAUCCGACAUUUGAGGACAUGCAGGUUCUGGUAUCGAGGGAGAAGCAACGGCCCAAAUUCCCAGAAGCUUGGAAGGAGAACAGUUUGGCGGUGCGUUCUUUAAAAGAGACGAUGGAGGACUGCUGGGACCAGGAUGCAGAGGCCCGGCUGACAGCCCAGUGUGCAGAUGAGCGAUUGGUAGAGCUGCUUCUGAUAUGGGACCGUUCCAAGUCUGUCAGUCCUACACUUAAUCCCAUGUCCACCACAUUGCACAAUGAAAGAAACCGCAUGACACCGAAAUCUGGCCCAUACACAGAUCAUCCCUCCACCUACAUCGAAGAGCACGAAGGUGUGGCCAAGAACUCUCAAGCCGAUACAACUAGCUCCAUGAGUGGCCGAACUACUACUGGGACUGGAGAAAGAAACCGGAAUUCUAUCAACCAGGAGCGCCAGCAGCAAGCGAAUGCCCGUCUGCCGAGUCCAGAGGGCAGUAGCACCAGUGGUGUUGGUAUUGGCAUCAGAGGAAGCCCUUCAGCCUCCACUACAACUACCACUAUUAUCUCUGAGUCUGAGGGUCCUGCAGGUGCCGCGACAGUGCCCGUUUGUCUUCACCUGACUCAGGAAGAUCUGGAAACCACUAAGCUUGAUCCUAAAGAGGUAGACAAGAACCUGAAGGAGAGCUCUGAUGAAAACCUGAUGGAGCACUCACAGAAGCAGUUUUGCUCACCAGACCCACUGAGUCCUGGCAGUUCAAGCCUACUUUACCCCCUCAUCAAGAUGGCCAGCGAGACAUCGGGCACAUCAGAAUCUGCCACCACCAUUCCCGCCACCAUCUUCCCCCUGCCAAAGCAACAGAACCUGCCUAAGAGGCCAUCCAGUUUGUCGCUACGCACCAAGCCCGCUAGGAAGGAAACAUCAUCCUCGUCGCUCAGGUUCAAGUUUGGACGCUCUGGAAAGUCUAACCUGCGGCAGGUGGAAGGAACAAAGAUGAACAUUGGUGCAGUAACAAGCACAAACACAGCUGGAGAGACUCACAGGGCCACAAGCACAAAUAACGUCCCUGUCCUACGAGACACACAAGUCAACGGUAGCGCUAAUGGUGCUGUUAACGGUCAUGUCAGCAGUGGUAUAUCAUCCAUGACAGUAGGUGGCCCUGCAGGUUUUGGAGGAUCCAGUGCCACUCAGAAUGGGUCUUUAGUGUUAAGGUCUGACGAUAGCCGUCUGAGUCUUGGCGUCAUAACAGCCAGCCCCGAUGAACAUGAGCCGCUUUUAAGCCGAGAGAGGGAGCAGCUCGAUCCGAGAGAAGCUUCUUCGAGCGUUGCCGCUCUCCGCUCAGCUCGACCCAACACAAAUAACAACAACAGCAACACUGGCCACUGUCAGGGGGAUGGAGAAAGUGAAGGAGAGAGUGAUGGUGGAGAAGAAGAGAGGACAGAAGAGGGAGGAAGCAGGGAAGCCACAGGAACCCCAGCUGAAAGUUCAGGGUCUGCUGCCAUUGAUCCCCAGCAAGAAGCACCUGUCACCAUGAGAGGGGAGGCGCUACUGAGGCAGCCCAGAGCUCGCAGGCCUGAGAGACCCAACUCUCUGGAUCUGUCCUUCACCACACAGGACCUGGCCUCACUUGGAGAGAAUAUGCAGCAAGACGGACCGGCGGGGACCGGAGACAAAAUCAAGAAGCGUGUAAAAACACCAUAUUCUCUGAAGAAGUGGCGGCCCACCACAUGGGUCAUCUCCACAGAUACCAGUGGCCCCGAGGUUAACAACAAUGGCUCCGCCCAUAAUCAAGGUCAUAGUCAGAACCGCCCCAAGUCCACUUCAGCCAUCUAUCUUCGGGGCGGAAACUUGUCCGGCGGCUCCAGCGACACACACGUGUGAAUCUGGACAAUUUGACAGGGCCGAACAAAAUCCAGAGAGCGUCUUUAUUAUUUAAUUUUUUUUUCAGCUCUCCACUCUGAUUAUGAACCAACUUCAGCAAGAGGAAGCUAGUGAGUGUCGCAAACGAACAGCGGAGUGUGACCCCUGUACAGUAAUCUGGUCCUUCUCACUCCCGUGUGUCUUUCUGAUGAUGGCAUUGCUUUAAACGGAAUCCAGCUAUGCAGCUUUCUCAUCUGCUUCUGUUCCCAUGUUUUAUUAUUAAUCUCCCUUUACUGGUUUACACGUCAUCCUCGUGAGCGUAGCUAUGUUUGGAACGGAUUUCUUUUUCUAUGUGCACUUUGAAGCGAUUAAAAUCAGUGUUUCAGAAGUCCUGUCUGUUGUGACCGUGACACAAACGUGGUCUCUAAACUUCAAACUGCAUUUUUUUUUUUAACAAUCUGCAUUGGUUUUUUUUGUUGUUUUCUUUGUACUUAGCUGUAUCAAGCAAGUCGUCUCUGCAAAAGAAACGAUGGUCUUAAAAGACAGAACAAACUUUUAUUUGUAUGCAAUAUGUGUUUUGUCCUUUUUUGAGUAUGUAUCCUUUUUUUGUAUCAUAAUUUUUAAUUGUGCAAUAGGAUGUAGCUUUUAGAUGCUUUCUAUGUUUUUAUUGCUUCCAUCAGUUUGGUUGUUUUAAAAUUGUUGUUUUUGUAUGUUGAUCCUUGUUGCACUUAUUAAUCAUCACAAUCAUUUUUUAUUAUUAUUAUUUUUACAAUCCACCGCACACCAUCACCCUGCCUUUGGCUAAAGAGGAGAAAAUAGAUGACAAUCCUCAUUAUCCGACUUCUCCAGAAUCCGUCUGUGGGGGGGCACAAACACAAACAGCUGAUCCCAGCUGACUGGAACUUCCACACUUGCACAAUUAAACCAGGAUCACUACAAUCACCAGAUGGUAGCGUCUGCUACGGUGGCCACCUCGCUCUCUGCACCACUCACCUGAGCUCACUGUGGACAGACUUUUUCUCUGCACGUGACGGAAAUGAAGCCCAGAUUUUGCUCUGCAAAACCAGACAUUCGUCAAAAAAAAUAAAUAAAUAAAUGAAUGAAUGAAUGAAUAACCAAACUCUUCUGAAGCACGCUGGACAUGAUUUCUGCUUCUUGUCUCAUCUCUUAAUGUGUGAGCGAAUGGAUCUGUGUGCAUGUUUGUUUGUUACCCAGAAUUCACUGGGGCCCCGCGCUAUACAGGCGUGCUGAAAUGUCAUCAUACUCAUUCUGUGUUUUCAGCACUGCUUCAGAGCUUAUGAAAAGAUCCCACUUAUGUUUUUUGUAAUCUGUAAUUUGUAUUGAGAAAAAAGAUGUGUGUAUUGCAUCAAUAACUGCGUAAUUUUUAUUCUGGAGUUCUGUUUUGUGUUCAGUGGACAUGGCCUUUGAAUACAUUGCUAUGCGUCUGCUCGAUACUGUUUCUGUAAACAUUUUCAAAGACGAUAUGGAAUUUAAAUGAAAAAAAAUAAAUGUGUAAAACUGCU